GAACAGGGAGUGUUUUAUACGAAAGGGAGCCAAGAGCAUUUCCUAAUGCAGCGAAUGGCUCCAGGCGGUCCGCAACAUAUGCAGGAUCCCAACUUCUCACGAGGAAAUAUUCCUUAUCACGGUCAUCCAGGGAAUCAACAUAAUGAUUUUAAUGCACCAGAACACUUUGCUCCACAUGACCAAGUGGCACCAGGAUACAACCAUGCACCUCAUGUCCAAGUCAUGAUAAGGGACGCGAAUACACCAAUUACUAGAUACAUAACGCCAUCGAUGGUGUCCAUCAUCGUCAAGAGAGUUCUGUCAGUGGCUGUUCUCAUCUUUAACGAAAUCCUCAACUGGCUGAAAUAUUUCGACUGGAUAGGUACCAUUGAUUUGCCCGCCAUGUUUGGUUACAUUGGAAAGAAAGGUAAACAGAUGUCAUCGUUUGCAGUUCAGACGCUCCGUUUCUACCGACGAUUUAAGGCAUUUUAUGUGGAGUUGCCACCGUGUAUGCGCUAUUCCAGAUUAUAAACACCAUUGGCGAAACAGUUCUUGAAUACCAUGCGAGGAAAUUAGACACAAAAUAUGAAGAUACCAGAUCACUGCAAGGAGUGUUGCCACAAAAUAGCGCUCAAGCAGGUCCUGUGUCGCAAGACAGAAGCCGAAA